AAUGAAUUCAGAUCUGAUAUAUCUUGAAGAAAAAAUCAGGCAUUCUAUGUCAAGCUUUUCUCUUUUUGUAUUAAGGUUACCGAAAUAGCCUUUGGAGAUUAAUGAAAUAAUUAGCAAAAAUAAAAUUAAAGCAAUUUUUUAUGCUGGGACUUAGCACCUUUAAAUACAGGUGGAUCGUUUAUUCAAUGUGUCGGGCACUCCCAUGGAAAAAAUUGUAGAAGAUAUUCAUGUAAUGCACUUUUCAAAUUAUUAGGAAUAAUUAAUUUAAUAUGAAUCUAAUGUGGGAUUGAUGUGUAAUGAGAGAUGUGAAACUAGUUUAAAGAUCUACCUUAAUUUUAUGGUAUGUAUAGAAUAGAAAAAUUUUGAUCAAUUACGCCUUAAUGUAUGCAGACUAAUUUAUUUAGCUAUUUGACAAAGUAUUUUCAAUUGAAUAACUUACAUAAUAUUAUGAUGAUAUCAAAAAAAAUUAAAAGAACACUCUUAUCUAGCCGAAGCCAUCAGUUAUUGACCCUUUAAAAAAAAUAGAUAGGGAACUAAAUAAUGAACAACCCAGCUUUGAAAUAAAGAUUCCAUAAAUAACUAAUAAUCAUCGCAUAUUUAAUGGAUACUAAAAGGAAGACUAAAAUUACUUAUCGGAGAGAAGCAGAAUGAUCCUAGGAAGGGAAGAUCAAGUAAUUUCAGAGUUAUAUUAAUCAGAUAUUAUAAUUCCUCCUUAUAUUGGUUUAUUAGAAGAUAGCAUCAAAGCCGAAUCUGUAGUAAAUAGCAUCAGGAAUAUUUCAAUUAAUAGUUAAUAGCCUCUAUUUCAAAAGGAAUACAAAUUACCUACAACUAUUUAAUUUUUUCCUUAUAUACCUAAGGAUGGAUUUAGAUGCUUUGAAUGA